AUGUCCUUCCUUUCAGAAUAUGCCUUGCGCAUGUCUCGUCGCAGUGCUCGGCUGUUUGGUGACGUCGCCAGGCCUACUGAUUCCAAGUCUAUGAAAGUGGUGAAACUGUUCAGUGAACUGCCCUUGGCCAAGAAGAAGGAGACUUAUGACUGGUAUCCAGAUCCCCACACUUACUCUGGACUCAUGCGGACACUCCGACUUCUGGGACUCUACAGAGAUGAGCAUCAGGAUUUUAUGGAUGCGCAAAAACCACUAAAGAACCUUUGUGGAAAGGGGAAACCAAAGAAAGGAGAAGGGAAAAGAGCAGCAACAAAGAAAUAAUGUUGGUCCCUCAAG